AUGAGCGCUGCUAAAGAAAAGUAUCAAGCACACAACGCGGGGCACACCGUAGUAGCUUACGCGAAAAGUACAAAAAAUAUAAUAACUGGUGGCAAUGACGGUGUCAUUCGCGUUUUUCCUCCCUGUGAAAAAGGACUAAUAGUAACGCCCAAAAGCAUAGAAUCAUACCAAGCCGGAACACGAUGGAUCGCAGUCAAUAGAGGAAAAUUUGUCGUUGCAUCCGAAGACAAUAGUGUCUGCCUCUUUAAUAUCAAGGAGAAAAAAUUUGAAACUAUUUUGUAUCGAUGUACGUUGCCGGCACGAAGUGUCGAUUUCACCGCUGAUGGAUCGAAAAUAGCGAUAGCGUCAGAGUAUGAAGGAUUCAGGAUUACAAAUGAAAUGGCAAUUCACAUUGUUAACAUGCUUAAUCCAAAGGAAGUAUACCAUCUAAAGGAAAAUACAAGUAGUGUAAAGGCAGUCGCGUUUGAUCCCAUGGGCGGAUUUUUGGUUUCUACUGGCUGUGACGGUUCUAUUAGAAUUUGGGACCUGCGACACGGCGAAGCACGUCAUGCCCAAAACAUAUAUGGCCAAAUUCCAAUGACGGAACCCGAUGAAAGGCAUUUUCCUAUUGCCUGGCAUCCUUCGUCAAAGUUUUUUGUGGUACCGGGAUGGCUAAGUGAUAUCAUUAAAGUUACCAAAAUCGACGAAAAAUGGAAGCAUGAGAACAUAUUUAAAGAUUGGUCACCUAAUGGUAAAUAUCUUGCAACGGCAGGUUUGGAUUCACAAUUAAAUGUUUGGGAAAUUAAAUCUCAACAACCUUCAUGGAGAUAUCGUACUGAAACUCCUGUGACUAGCUUAGUCUGGAUUUCCAACAAAACAAUAGCCUAUGUCGAUGGCGUGGGUGUUCUUCGAGUUUGGAAUCCUUUUGGAGAUGAAUUCUCUGAGUAUGAAAAUGAAGAAGAUAACAAAAUGAUUGAAGACGAAUAUUUUCUUGAUGACUUUGUAGUUAGUGAUGGCGAUGAUGAAGACAAACGGUUAAAUGAGAAACCACAAGCCAAUGUAAUUAGUGUUGAUAUGCCUAAACCUUUUCAUCCGGGAGCUACACCAUUCAGAAACAAACAACGUUACCUAGGAUGUAAUAUAUAUGGAUUCGUAUCGUCCUUGGAUAGUGACACCCACUCUACCGUGUUAGUUUCUUUUAUUGACCAGACAAUCAACCGAUCAUAUCAUUUCCGAGAUAUCUAUAACUUUUCCAUGUCUUGUAUUGGUCCACAUGGAGUACUACACGCAGCGAAAUCCAGUGAAGGGAACAAUGCGGUGAUUUCUUACAAGUAUAUAGGCGGUGUCUCCAGUAAAUGUGAAUGGAAUAUGAACUUGCCGUUGGAAGAGGAUCUCAUAGGUAAACAAAGCAUUGCUCUUAGUGCGAAAGGACCGAUUGUCGCCACCGAAGCGGGAUUCGUACGAUUUUUUGACAAUACCGGUAUUCAAACUGAUAUAUUUCAUUUAAAGUCUAUCAUUUGCAUGGCUGCACAAGGAGACUAUGCCAUUUUUAUUAGCGGUAUCGAAGGCAAAACACAAAGUUUUAUCAUUCAAACAGGACGAUUACCUAUUGACUCAAAAUCCCAGCUCAUGUGGGUAGGAUUUGCACAAGAAGGGUACCCGGCAAUAUACAACUCUGAUGGAUUGCUCAGUAUACUUUACAUGGUUCACAUUCCGAAUCAAUGUCGAUGGGUGCCGGUCCUAGAUACCAAACAGUUACCACAAUCUCGAGCAAACCUUAUUACGUAUUGGCCUGUUGGUCUUAGUGGGAACACUUUCCGAUGCAUCAUUUGUAAGAGAGGAGAAAAGUAUCCUCCGUAUCCGCUGCCGUCUAUAGAUGAAAUAACUCUUCAGAUUCCGAUUUUGCAUCUUGAGAAGACAAAUUGCCAGAUAGAGGAGAAAAUCAUAAGAACAAGAAUAAUGACCGACUUUGAAUACCAAGAAGCUGAAGCAAGGGGCGAACUUGAUUCGAGAAAAGAAGAAUUCCGUAAAAAAACUCUUGAAAAUGAUAAACCAAUACUUCAAUUAGUGCUGAAUGCAUUUAAAGAACAUAAUCUUGAGCGAGCAUAUAGUUUAGCUACAAUGCUUGGCUCCGAUAAAGGUAUUGAUGGGGCUAUUAUGAUCGCUGAACAACGUAAUCUCUUAGCAUUGGCAGACCGAAUUAGGUUAUUCAAGGAUGAAAAGAAGCAGCGAGAACAGAGUCAAGUUAAUAAUGAUACGCAGCCAGUAUACACGGUUAUUUCUACAAUUCAAGAACGUUGUCAAGAAACCACCAAGCUUUGUAAUCUCGAUCAUAAUUUAAGCAAUGAUAGCAAUAUGUACAAAUCCAGCCUAAAGAGAACACAUCACGAGUCAUCCGAACCUGAAGAAGCAUCAAAAGUUGCCCCCAAACAUGAAACAUCAUUGCCCUCAUCGUCAUCUAUUUUUAAAAAGAAAUCAUCAGAAAAGAAAGGAAAGAUCGCAAAAGACAAUCCCAUUGCCAAAAUGGCACACAUGGAUCCCGAAAAGAUGAAAAAUCUAUUUCAGCCAGUUAAAUCUAAAGAGAAUUCUCAGAAAGCAUCACUUACUUCUAUUGCUGAGAACGACAAAAUACCCAAAAAUAAAAAACAAUCGACACUUUUCGGGUACAGUGGAAAAAAAGAAGAUAAGGAUGCAAAAGAUAAUAAUGACCAAUCAAAAAUUACAAGUCAACAGGGUAAGGAAAAAGAUAAUGAUAAUGAUGGUGGGCAUGACGAUUCGCCAAUGGAUAUCGAUCAACAUAAUUCAGAGGAAAAAACUAAAUUUUUGGAAGAUAUUAAUAAAAAUGAUGAUGAAGCUUCAACAAAAUCAUCAUCACAGUUGGAUAUGUUCAAAUUCCAUGGAAAUACUUAA